CACUGAUUUGGUGAAGUGUUAUGAACAGUAUAGACGUCGUAGGGUCAGUGAGUGCGUGAAUCCGUUUUCCUGUCGACAGACUAAGAAUCAUGGUUCUGGGACUGACGGAUUCAACUGUGCCAUAUAAAGGCCAGAAGUACUACAAGAUCAAAAGUUCCUGCUCUCGUGGUGGAAAACUCUUUGUCGACAAGGAUUUCCCACCCUCUGGAUCCUCGUUGUUUUUUAGUCGUCCUGCCCCGGCCGACAUCGUCUGGAAACGUCCUAGUGAUAUAUGUGCAAAUCCGAAAUUUUUUACGGAAGGAGCAAGUGCCGAUGAUUUCUCUCAGGGAAGCUUGGGUAACUGUUGGUUUGUAGCAGCGUGUGCCUGUAUCGCGGAGGAUCCCAAACUCUGGAAAAAGAUCGUACCUGACCCCGAGGAACAGGAAUGGCAGACUGGGAAGAAACACGCCGGUAUUUUCCACUUUAAGUUCUGGCAGUGUGGUCAGUGGCUGGAUGUGGUGAUAGAUGACUAUCUUCCCACCCGUUAUGGUAGACUCAUCUUCGCACAUUCCAAGAGUGGAAACGAAUUCUGGCCUGCUCUACUGGAGAAAGCAUAUGCAAAAUUGUUCGGAGACUACGAGUCUCUGAUAGCUGGGAAGGCACGGGACGCUAUGGUGGACAUGACAGGUGGAGUGGGAGAAGGGAUAGAGUUAGAGGAUUAUCGAACAGAAGAGGACAAGAAAAAACUCUUCAAGAUCCUCCGGAACUCCUUUGAUAAUCGGUCUCUCAUGAGCGCUUCAAUAAGGGCUACAGGACGAGAGAUGGAGUCGCAACUGUCAUGUGGAUUAGUCAAAGGACAUGCUUACAGUAUCACAGCCGUCAAGAAAAUCAAGCUUGUAGGUAAAAAUUUGUUCGCUGUGUUCAACCGACAGAAGAUGAACAUGAUACGACUAAGAAACCCUUGGGGAGGAACGGAAUGGAGAGGACCUUGGAGUGAUGGGUCUUCUGAAUGGAAAAAGGUUAGUGAAAGUGACAAAAAGGAACUUGGACUGACGUUUGAUGACAACGGUGAAUUUUGGAUGGCGUUUGAGGACUUUUAUCGAUACUUCACUUCCAUGGAUAUUUGUCACAUGAUCAACACGUCAUUCUUCUCCUUCAAGAAAACUUGGAAACAAGGCAAAGCUUUCGGCGAGUGGAAACGCCAAGACAGGUGUGGUGGAUGUGGAAACAAUGGAUCUUUCCUCAACAAUCCGCAGUAUGUAUUUACGGUGGAGGAGGACGACGCCGAGGUUUUACUGUCACUGGAGCAGUGGGACAAACGUAUAGACAAAGACAAGGGUAAAAGCAACGACACUAUAGGCUGUACUGUGAUGAAGACCGAUCUAAACCGGAAGUACCGUAUGCAUGACCGCAUGGACAGGGUGCAUUCAGGUCCGUUCUCAAACGCGCGCGGUGUGUUCGCGCGAAUUAACCUGAAGUCUGGAACAUACUGCAUUAUACCAUCUACAUUUGAGCCAGGAAAGACGGGCAAAUAUUUACUUCGUGUCUUCUGUACAACAGCACCCAUGUUGAGAGAACUUGUCGACGAUGAGCCCCGCCCACCACAGUGCUGUGGCGUGAAGGGAAUCAAAAAGCCCAAAGUAGCCGCUACACAAAUAACGGUAGUACGAGCUGAGGCUCUAGAGGCGCAGGAUUGGGACGGAGCUGCAGAUCCGUACUGCGUGAUACAUUGUAACAAGAAAAGUCAGCGGACUAAAAGCAUCCCGAACACUGUUAAUCCGGAAUGGAAUGAAAGAGUGACAUUUUAUAGACAAAAACCGAACAAGGACAUCCGUAUAGAGGUUUGGAAUCACAAUAUCAUCAAGGACGAGUUCAUGGGUGUUUGUGUGCUACCAAUGUCGGAGAAGAAUUCUUACAGGGGAGGUAACACUAUAAGGAGAUUUGACCUUACGGGCCGAGGAAAAGAUAGCACAGUGAAGCGUCGAGGUUAUCUCUGGCUAAAGGUGUUACACAGUGGAGACAUGACACAAGUGUAAUGUUUCUACUGGUGGUGAAACAUCAAAUACAAUUAAAACUGCCUUGUUCACGAUCCGAUCAUGUAUUGAUUAACGCCUUAUGUUACAGCAGAUCUCAUUUAUAUGACAAACGUUGAUUUAAAUAUAUUUAUUUACACACAACACUCAGAGUACUACGACAAACGAGGUGAAGGAGAAAUCGUCACAGUGAUCUGUUAGUAUUAACAAACACGGCUUCACGGAGCAUUAAUGCAAUGUCUCGGUCGCUUUUAUCCACAUUUAGAGAAAUGAAAAGUUUGUUUUCCUUUACAUUGUAUAUCCUAACAAUGUAGGUAUCAGUUUUAAAUACUGACACUACAAGACUAUUUUCACGUCAAAGUACUAUAUACUGAAAUAAUGUGUAAUCAUACCAUGUAUGAAUCACGUGACAGUGUUACAGUUACAAUAACAAGCAGUAGUGAGAUAUACGUGCAUCACGUGUCACUAAUAUUUCCAGUUACUGCCCUUUGAUACGUAGACAAGAUGCCCACUAUAACGGGGUUACUUUCAUAUGCAUCAUGUGAUAGUAACGGCAUAUUUAUACAAUUAUCCAUCAGCAUCUUAACAAAUUGUCCUUGUGAUUUAACAACUCGCAUUGUACUGGCUUAUGGAAUAUUGUACAACAUACAGAAUAUUACUCAAUCUGUAUUUAUAAAAAAAAGUUAAUUUCAG